AUGUCUGGCAACAAUGACUGGUUUCAGCGUUCCCAGGUCCCCAGUUUUGCCCAGAUGCUGAAAAAGAACUUGCCAGUUCAAUCAUCAGCCCAGACGGUAACCACACCCGCAGCCUAUUCCUCGGAAAGUUACAGCCUGUCGAAUAUGGCAUCCAAGGUUACGCAGGUGACGGGUAAUUUUCCAGAACCAUUGCUUUCCAAAGGUCUUUCAUCUAUUUCAAAUCCUGUCCUUCCUCCAAAAAAAAUACCUAAGGAAUUUAUAAUGAAAUACAAACGUGGAGAGAUAAACCCUGUGUCAGCCUUGCACCAGUUUGCACAAAUGCAGCGGGUUCAGCUUGACCUUAAGGAAACGGUAACAACAGGUAAUGUUAUGGGACCAUAUUUCGCUUUUUGUGCUGUGGUAGAUGGUAUUCAAUACAAAACUGGACUGGGACAAAAUAAAAAGGAAUCUAGAUCCAAUGCAGCAAAAUUAGCUCUUGAUGAGCUUCUACAAUUGGAAGAACCUGAACCAAGAGUUUUAGAAACAUCAGAAGGGAGACAUAUUCAGUAUGCAAAGAUUUCACAGAUUGUGAAAGAAACAUUUAAUCAACUAAUUUCUAAUCAUUCACAAUAUCUGAAAUGUAGCAAUUCAUUGGCUGCUUUUAUAAUUGAAAGAGCUGGACAUCAUGAAGUUGUAGCUAUAGGCACAGGUGAAUACAAUUACAGCCAGUGCAUUAAGCCAAAUGGAAGAGUGUUGCAUGACACUCAUGCUGUUGUUACAGCAAGAAGGUCUCUCCUUAGGUACUUUUAUAGACAGCUCCUACUCUUCUACAGUAAAAAUCCUGCUAUGAUGGAAAAAUCAAUAUUUUGUACAGAACCAGCUUCUGAUCUACUCACUCUUAAACAGAAUAUCAACAUUUACCUCUAUAUGAACCAAUUGCCAAAAGGAUCAGCCCAGAUUAAGUCACAGUUACGUCUUAAUCCACAUUCUAUAUCUGCAUUUGAAGCCAAUGAAGAACUGAGUCUCCAUGUGGCUGUUGAAGGAAAAAUUUAUCUGACUGUUUACUGUCCUGCAGAUGUUGUUAAUAGAGUAAGCAGUAUGUCCUCAAGUGACAAAUUGACAAGAUGGGAAGUGCUUGGUGUACAGGGAGCAUUGCUGAGUCAUUUUAUACAGCCAGUUUAUAUCAGCAGUAUACUUGUUGGUGAUGGGAAUUGCAGUGAUACUAGAGGCUUAGAAAUCGCUAUAAAGCAACGUGUUGAUGAUGCACUCACUUCGAAACUUCCAAUGUUUUACUUGGUCAAUAGACCUCAUGUUAGUUUAGUACCCUGUGCAUGUCCACUUCAAAUAAACUUGGAAUAUAAAUCCCUGAGUCUGAAUUGGGCUCAAGGGGAUAUUUCUUUGGAGAUUGUGGAUGGCCUAAGUGGGAAGAUCACUGAAAGUUCACCUUGUAUGUCUGGCUCCUAUCAAGAAGCUAAAACUUUGUUGAAAUCCUACUUAAAGCAGCACGGCUAUGGAUCCUGGAUUGUGAAAUCUCCCUCUAUAGAGCAAUUUUGUAUGUGA